GUAACCUUAUAACUUGUUGUCAAUCAAAGAUUCGAUCUUCUCCUACUCCCAAUAAGAUGCAAAAUAUAACACACCACAAAUUAUAGCAAGUUCCAAAUUAUCAACAACUGCACGCACCUAUUGAUGGACAAUUCAUCGCUAAGUCAAUGGUUUUCAAGAACGGAAGAAGGUGUGUUCUACUCGAAUAAAAACAAUUCCAUCGACGAUUUCACCACUCAAAAAUCCACAAUCUCCGAAGAUCAAGAGACUAGUGAAUUGUCUAUUACUCCAGACAGUGCUCGUUCUAAUUCGCGAUCUUAUUUCCAUAAAGAAAUUAGUAUAAGUAAAGCCUCGAAAAUUGAUUUUUCCCUCGUUACCCCUAUGGAAAAUUUCCCAAUUGGUUCAAAGAGACCUGCAACUGAUCAUCAUCAUCAGCCCAAAUUGAAUAAGAUCUCUUCAUCUUUUCUUUCUUUUAAUAAUAACAAUAAUAAUACGGAAUCAGUGUUUCCUAGUCAUCAAGGAUGUAAAAUCGAAGCUAUGGAUGAUAUGUAUUUGUGUGAUUCAUCAGAUCAGAUGUUUUAUCCUUGUGUGAAAUCGAACGGUUGUUACGAUGCGAAGGAUAAAAAAGGGGGAAAAAGAAUUCCUUCAGUAGAAUUACAAGAUCAUAUUAUUGCUGAGAGAAAGCGCAGAGAGAAACUCAGCCAGAGGUUUGUGGCACUUUCAACCAUUCUUCCAGGGCUAAAAAAGGUGGACAAAGCUUCAAUUCUUGAGCAAGCAAUCAAACAUGUGAAAGAUCUUAAAGAAAAAGUGCAACUAUUGGAAGAAGAGAAAAAAUCAGUUAUGUUUAUGAAUAAAUCUAAGCUGGAAACGGAAGAGUACACUUCAUCUGAAGAAAACAACAAUGACAGCGAUUUACCGGCAGAUAUUGAAGUAAGAUUCUCAGAUAAUAAUGUAUUGAUCAGAAUUACCUGUGCGCGGCGCAACGCAUUUGUGCUGAAUAUCCAUAGCGAAAUAGAGAAGCUUCAUCUUACCAUUGUUCAAAGCUGUAUGAUGCCAUUUGGGAAACAAGCAAUUGAUAUAACACUAGUCGCACAGAUGGAGGAAAGUUUCUGCAUGACACUAAAGGAUGUUGCGAAGCAUGUCCGAAUGGUCACAGGGAGGUUGAUGACCCAAGCUUAGCACUUUCUCUGAGGAAGUUGUAAAAUAUGUAUAACAAUCACAUAAUCUUGGAGAAGCAACAGAGUUUUGGUUUGUGAUUAAGAUGAUAUUCAUCUCCUAGGCAAUUUCUACAAAGAGUGCACUUAUUAAAGUGUAUAUAUAUAUCAUACAUUAUAAUUAUGUAAAAAUGUUCACUUAAUUCGAGCCCCCAAAAAUCACAUGUCCUAAGAUCAAGUCUUAAUUUAGUUAUGUAAGUGUGCCCCCCUCACAUAACAAGUAAUAGUUGUGUAUGUAUCAUAAAGUACAAUUACUACUUCAUGCGAGUUUUCCCUAUUGUUAUCAUUA